GCGCGAGACACACAGUGUGACUGAACAAACAAGCCACCAUCCUCCAAAGUCCAAACCCCCUAUCCAUUUUCAUUCUCAACGGUUUCCUCUCUCUCUCUCUCUUCCCCCCACAAGCCGCCAAUCUCCUUUAAGCUUUCUCCUUUCUUCUUCUGCUUCUUCUUGUUCAUCCUUACAGAUAACACCACCGUGCUGGAGCUCUAAUGGCCAGUGAUUCUCCCACCGCUGCUAAAGACGAGGUCCUCUCCGUUGAGCUCCCGGCUCCUCCUGCUUGGAAGAAACUGUUUUUCCCAAAGAAAGUGGGAACACCCAGGAAAAGUGAGAUUGUGUUUGUGGCUCCAACUGGAGAGGAAAUCAGCGGAAGGAAACAACUGGAACAGUAUCUAAAGGCACAUCCUGGGAAUCCUCCUGUAUCUGAGUUUGACUGGGGAACUGGUGAGACCCCGCGGCGAUCGGCUAGGAUCAGCGAGAGGGUGAAAUCAACUCCCCCAUCAGAGGCUGAGCCUCAAAAGAAGCGAGCUCGAAAAUCAUCGGGUUCAAAGAAAGAUCAGAAGGAAAGAGAACCUGCUUCAGAAGAAGGCAAGGCAAAGUCUGGUGCUGAAGAAGAGCCCAAGGCUGCUGAGGCUCCCAAGGAGGAGGAAGAAACACAGCAGAAAAAGGAACUUGAGAAUGGGAAUGAAACGCAGCAAACUGAACAAAGAGAUGACACUCGCAAUAAUAAUACUGACGAACAUAAGAUGCAGAGUGAUGCACAGGAAAUCACCACGAGUCAAGAGAAAGCUGAGGAAGUUGCAGCAUCAGGAGAAAAAGAAAAACCUGCUGGGGAAACUUUGAAGACUGAAUCACAGAAAGAAAAUGGUGUUACUGUAGAGGCAAACGGGGAAGCUGAUGCAAAGAAGACAAUAACUCAAACGGAGAUGGGAAUGAAAAUUGGUGAGGAGAGGGUUGAGAAUGGGAAAGUUAAUGGCGAUAUGCACAGUGAAGCCCCUCAACAGCCGUCAGCCCACCCUGUGGCUUGCUGAAAUGCACUGUACUGUGCUGUACUAAUCUGUAUUAGUAGUAGUGCCAUUUUGACUUCUGUAAUGCUGUUCCUGAUAUCUUGUUCGGACAUCCUGGAUCACUGGAGUCUCGUUUUUUUGUUCAUUUGGGUUGUACCUAGGAAAUCAUUUUAGACAUGUACCUCCUUUUAGAUUAGGCUUUAGAUCUUCCACAGUGCUUCUCUUCAGGCUGUAGACUGUAAAACUUCAGUGUUAGUCAUCUAAUUUGCACAUGCAUAGCGAGAAAAAUGGUGGUUAAGGCCCUCAUCACUCGCUCUCCUGCUGUAAUGUUUUCUUUGGUAUGGUAACUUUAUUCUACUGAA